AUGGUUCAGUUCGAUAACGGCGUCUUCAACGAGUUCAUCGGCAUCGCGUUUUUGACUGCCACGAUUCUGGCUCUCGGCGAUGACCAGAAUGCUCCACCCGGCGCUGGCAUGAACACGCUGAUUAUCGGCUUAAUCAUUGUGUGCCAGAGUACCGAGUAUGUGCUUUGCGUAUCAACCCGGAGCGGCGUUCAACCCGAGCCGCGACUUCGGUCCUCGGCUUGCGCUUUUCGCCAUUGA